GUGGCGACCACGGCCUUUGUCCUGCGGUCCCGCUGAACCACCUGCAGAGGAACUGGCUGUUUCUGGAAGAGGCCAGAGAAGGAGGGAAUGACCGCUGGGCUCGUCGCUGCUGGGGCCCCGGAGCAAGUGACCUUUGAGGACGUGGUCGUGGACUUCACCCGGGAGGAGUGGGGGCAGCUGGAGCCUGCUCAGAGGACCCUGUACCGCGAUGUGAUGCUGGAGACCUUCAGGCUCCUGGUCUCCGUGGAAUGCUGGCUCCCCAGGCCGGAUGUCAUUUCCCCGCUGGAGCAGGAGGAGCUGUGGGUGGCAGAUGCAGGGGUUCCCCAGCAUGUGUAUCCAAACUUGGAAACUCGACCCAAAAUCAGACUGUUCUCUCCAAAGCAGGACAUCACUGAAGAAAGAGGCAGCAGUGGCCUGGUGGAAAGGUUCCUGUGGGAAGGUCUGUGGUACGCCGCGGGUGACGAUGCCGAGGGCCACUGGGGACAGAGUCACGAGAGCCGAGACAGCCACAUGGUGAAGGCAGCCUUCACGCCUGUGAGGAUCCCCAUGCAGCAGCAGCAGCUGGGGAAUGGGUUCAGGGAAAACUUGAUUCUGAGCCCCCGUCUCCCACCUCAGGCGAUGACUCCUGAAAGGCAAGGCCUCCACACGUCGGGGACACGCGCGAAGAGGGGGAAGCCAGACCCGGGGUUCAAUGCUCAACCGAAAACAUAUGCAAAGGAGAAGCCCUACAAGUGCCAGGCCUGUGGAAAGGCGUUUAGUCACAGCUCGGCUCUCAUCGAGCACCACCGAACGCACACGGGAGAGAGGCCCUACGAGUGUCACGAGUGCGGAAAGGGCUUCCGCAACAGCUCGGCGCUUACCAAGCACCAGAGAAUCCACACGGGCGAGAAGCCUUACAAGUGCACUCAGUGUGGGAAGACCUUCAAUCAGAUCGCCCCGCUGAUCCAGCACCAGAGGACGCACACUGGGGAGAAGCCGUACGAGUGUGGCGAGUGCGGCAAGGCCUUCAGCUUCAGGUCCUCCUUCAGCCAGCACGAGCGCACGCACACGGGCGAGAAGCCGUACGAGUGCCCGCACUGCGGGAAGUCCUUCAGGCAGAGCACGCACCUCACGCAGCACCGGCGGAUCCACACGGGCGAGAAGCCCUACGCGUGCGGGGGCUGCGGCAAGGCCUUCACGCACAGCUCGUCGCUCACCAAGCACCAGAGGACUCACACCACAUAGGCUCACCUCACACUUGCCAGGACGCCACAGAGCCCAGGGCCCCAGCUCGUCUCUUCCGGACCUGACCCGGCCGUCCUCGACGGAAACACUGGUACGAGCACACGCGAGCCUGGGCGCCCAGUCCGCGGCCCCGACACCCUCCGACCGAAGGGACGGACACAACUGCGGGAACCCGGAGCUCUAGGUCGUCCGUCCCUGGACGGCAGGUUGGGGGCAGAAGGGGAACGCGGAGUUCGUCCGUGUUGAGGGCCUUGUCAUGAGUGCCCUCUAAUGCCACAUCCCAGAACCUACAGGAAAAACUGGGACAAAAUGUAGCCGAUCUGGAGAUGGCUUCUGUCCAAGGAUUCGAUAUUCCAAACUAGGAUUUUCAAAGCGGUGAGAAACCCCACAAAUGCUUUCUGUAUACAGGAACCGGAUACACAGAAUUUAUCAUUACUGCACAUGACGUUUUGGGGAGGGGUGCUUACAAAUGGUGCAGGGUGGCUCUAAGUUCUUCUGCAGGACUCACAGGCAUUAGAAAACACACAUGUUGCUGUUUCACAAAAAGGAAUAUUUUUCCUUUGUUAAGCCACUGUUUUAUGAACAAUAGUGCCUCCACAUUGAAACCUUUUGUUUUG